AUGCGGAUCUUCAGCACUUUCUUCCUCUGCGUGGCCGCCACCGCGGUCGCAUCCCCCGACCCAGCUACCGACGUGGAGGACGUUGGUGAUGGUAUCGUCGUUGCGCUGUUCACCGAUGCCAACAACCGCGACAGCAGGGCGGACUUUACGGUGGGCAAGUGGGACUUUGCUGGCUUUGCCGAAUGGCCGAUUCACGAGAUUAAACAGAAAGGCCCCAAGGGCGUCGAGUGCCGAUACACGGGCUCAAAGUCGGGCACGUACACCGUCAGGGGUACUGGAAAAGCCAAGGUCUCGCCUCCGCAGCACAUCAAGAACGUCAAUUGCCACAACCUGUAG